AUGAACACUCCCCAGCUAAGUCAAAGUGGUCUUUGCUCUGUUCGGAACCUCGCGCUAACUAACAAGCAAUUCGCAGCACAUAUUGAUGAAUAUCUUCAUAGAGACACCGCCGUUAAUUACAUUCAGCGAACUGCUCAGAACACUACGUGGUGGACCUACAAUACUGCCGACGGCAGCAUUAAUGAGAAUGACACACCCUUGAAGCCAAUAACUAGUGAAGAGUCUGACAUUAUCCCGGGCCUGGAUGUCACGGGAGUAAAUGAAUAUGGCUGGAGCUUCAUGGCCAUCGCUGCACAUCAUGCGUCAACGAGAAUGCUCAAAUUCUUCUUCACUACGAAGGGCUACCACGGACCUUGCAUUCAGUUGCUUUCUUAUCCAGCAAAUCUGAUGCGUCCAAGAACAAGUACGAUGCGAAUGAUUACUGACGAGCAUAAUUUUGAGUUUUUUCGGGCUCUGUUUGAAUUCCUGGGGCCUCGAAUACAUGAACUGAAUUACCCAGAUCGAACUGACGGCAAACUAAUCCGUGAAGAGAAGUACUGCCUCUGUACAUUUGUUACUCCAGCUUUUGCUGAACAGCUUGAGAGUAUUGGUCUGGCGCUUUACGAGACCCGUGAUACCCCGCCUUCUAACCGCAACGCAUACCACGCAGCAGUUACUAACAGUGUCGAGUUCCUAGACUACUUGCACGCAAACUCGUCUCUUCCUAUGAACGAGCCUGAUAGCGCAGGUGGUACCCCCAUUCACUAUGCAAUUAGCGCUAAUCGAGUACAGUCUGUGCUUUGGCUCAACGAACAUGUUGCCAAAUAA